UGCUGAGCAGUAAGUAGCAGAGGAGACGUUUUCUGCCCUCAUGCGCAGCGGAGCAGCUCGCUGUCGUGAAUGGCGCGAGCGCACCGGGGCGCACCGUGCUGCUGAGCUCGUGGUGGGAGCGGGAGGCGCGCGUGCCAUGCCACGAUGGUGCUGAUCGAGCUGCUGUUGUUGCUGAGCGUGCUGGGGCACGCGGAGCCGCGCAGGCGGCGGGACGCGGCUGCGCGCGGAGGGGUCUACGAGCACCUGGGGGGAGCGCCGCGCCGCAGGAAACUCUACUGCGCCACCAAAUACCACCUCCAGAUCCACCCCAACGGCAAGAUAGACGGAUCUCUGGAGGAGGACAACCCACUGAGUAUACUGGAAAUCACAGCGGUUGACGUUGGAGUGGUAGCAAUCAAGGGCCUGUUCUCUGGGAGAUACUUAGCCAUGAAUGAGAAAGGUCGCCUAUACGCCUCGGAAGUUUUCAAUGAAGAGUGCGAGUUUGUGGAGCGCAUUCACGAGUUAGGCUACAACACAUAUGCCUCACGGCACCAUUCGACCACCCAGUCACCUGGCACCGGGGGCAACAAGAGACGGGCCCAGGCCAAGAAGCCAUGGUACGUGUCCAUCAAUGGCAAAGGUCGGCCCAGGAGGGGCUUUAAGACACGGGGCACAGACAAAGCCUCUCUCUUUCUGCCCCGCGUUCUGGGCAACAAGGACCAUGAGAUGGUGCGCAGUCUCCUGGAAGGCCAGCAGCGCCGGACAGGCCACCGGAGGGUCCGGGUGGGCAGGGCUGAGCGUAGGAAGAGGAGGCACAGGGGCCACAAGGGCCACACAGGGAGGGAUGACACUUAAGGACCAAAGCCCGAGUGGCCACCAAAGACUUUGGUCGUCAGACGCACCACGACUGACCGCUUUUGGGGGCCGUUCUUUCAAAGAGGAACUUUAACGGUGAUGCUGCGGCUUUAGGUGUAAAAGUUAAGACGAGCGUUUCUUCCUUUUUUUUUAUUCUUAAUAAUAAAGUCUUGCAUUUGAGAUGUAAAGAUGUUUACGUGACCAAAACCUUUAUCACUGCUGGAUGUUUUAAGACAUGCGCAUCUGCAAGGGGUGUAAUUAUUGUAUGUAGUUGUAAACAGUCAUUUUUUUCCCCACUUUUAAGCAAAUCGUUUUUUAUUAAAGAUAAGAUUUAGUUUGGAUACAAGUGCUUGACAAUGCCGAAGAUGUGUUAUAUCAUUGGACUACAAGACUUUCUAGCUAAACGGCAUCCAGAAAAGCACUUUUGUUCAGAUUACCAUGUAAAGUAGGAGAGGAGCGUCCGGAUAAAGCAGAUUUUUAAAAGAACCUACAUGUGAUAGUCUACUGUCCCUAAACUGCAAUGAAAAGUACUUUGUAUAUUACUAAUGUUAUGCAUAUUUAUUUUGUCCAUGUGUUGUUUAAGUUAUUGAUGACAUAGUUUCUACAGUUUCAAAGUGUCAAAGAAUAUGACUGUUCAAUAAGAAUCACUGUCAGUGCCAUUAGAAUAAAACCACUUUGAGGGGAGAUGAGUGAAAACGGACUUUUCUGGGUUGAUAUCCAAUCCGUUGUCUAGAAGUUCAUAUAGAGAUCAUUGUUUGUGUGUAAAAUUAGUUAUGAAAGGUACUUUUAUAUAUAUAUAUUGAACACUGUAAUAAGUGACAGUAAUGCUAAAGCUGAGUUUAUCAACACUGAAAGCUAAAGGUGGAGGAAUGUCACCAAUAAAUUAUAUGGAAACAUA